AUGGCAUCCAUUCAACGCCGCACAGCAAUUGCCUUUCUGGACACAUUCAAGGAUCUCGAUCUCGAGUCUAAUCUUGCUCUAAGGACGCCCGACUGCGUCCACACUAUCGCUCCUGCAACAUUGAACAUGAAGCCGAGUAUGUCAAACGAACAAUUCGCGGCGCACCUUUUGUCACUGAAGGAAAAGAUUUCAGCAAUCCCUGUCACUCCCAAGGAGAUAUUUGAGGGAGGCAAUCUUGUCACCAUCUGGGCAACGAGUAAGACGACGUUUCGCGAGGAAGGAAAGGAUGAGGACUUAACGGUUGACUGGAGCUACGACGGAGAAUACAUCUUCGUCUUCACCUUCAAUCAAGCCGGCGACAAAAUUCAGUAUAUUCUUGAGUUUCUCGACAGCAAAAAGGUGGACAAGGCACGAGGAUUGCUAGAGCGCGCUGGGGGUAACUUGGCAGCAAGGAAAGAGAACAAGUAG